AUGUUGAAGAGAUAUACGAGAAUUACAGAUUCGACUGAACACCAAAAAACAACAACAAAAAGAAAACAAAAUCUCCAUUCGUCACCUCCAUCACCAUUCCACUCCACAGACCAGUCUACCAGACACAUUUCACCCAACCCUAACCCUAUAUUUACCUCUGACGCGUAUCUUUUUGUGUGUCGCGAAUCUUUACGAAAUACGACCAACGACCGUUUCAAGCCCCCUAAAAUGAAGAGCGACCAGUUAGGCCGGGUGUUAUCCGACGAUGACCUACCCACCAAGCUCUCCAUCGCCAACGAAUUCAAGGCGUUCGUCAAAAAGAACAGCGUGCCCCGUGAUCUCAUACACCCCUACUUUCUCACACUCUCUCGAGCCAUCAAGUCACGAGAAGAUCCCCAACUCACCUCCGUGUGUUUCUCGUGCUUCUGCCACCUCUUCAAACGGGUCAGUAUCCAGGACAAACAGCUGCUAGAUGACUCAGCAACGGUAGCCGUGGUGACAGACCUACUCAUUGACCGUCUUAGCGACAGAUCCACGGGAGUUCGGGCCACAGCAAACAAGGUGCUUCUAGAUUACUGGGUUCUCGUCCCACAAGCCGUGGCCGUAGCAAUGAGGCAGAGCGCUGUCGUGAGCUCAAGCCACGUGACCCUAGGCGAGUCUCUCAAGUGGCUGCAAUCCGUCUUUGAUCUUUCUUCGGCCUUCAACUUUUCAGCUUUUGUUCAGCCCGUGGUGGACAUGUUACGAUACCCCCAAUUACAGUCUUCCGUGUGCGAGUUGCUGAAAAAGGUCUACUCUGUAUCUGACAGAAGGGAGCUGGAGGAAUGCCUGGCUGCUACUGGUGUCAACGAGAUGCUCAAGAAGAGCAUUCUCAAUGGUUUGCCAGGUGGUAACAGUUCCUCAGCAGUUUCUGACCCGAAAACCACUGCACCAAGAAGCUUGAGUUCACAGAAAAGCGUUGCUUCAAAACCUGCACAACAACCUAACUCUCAAGAACCAGGAAACGAAAAUGCACCUUCUUCGUCACUUGCAUUUCUGAACAGCCUACCAAACUUCAGAGUUGACUCGUUAGCUCCUGAGAAUGUCUACUCUGCCUCAGAUCUAGAGUCCAAGAUCAACAACAUGCAUGUAGCGUUUGCCGAUAAGGAGAGUGAGAAGAACUGGAGUUUACGAGAGAAACAUGUGACGCAGAUUCGGAAACUACUGCGUGGAAAUGCUCUCCAAGACUACCCUUCUCAGUUUGCAGCUGCCUACAAGUCUGUGAUCGAUGGAGUGCUGAAGUCAGCCACCUCUUUACGAACCACUCUAUCUAACCAGGGUCUUCUACUGGUCAAAGAAAGUGGCCAGCUCGGUGGAAAUGCGUUUGUGGAUCCUGUUAUGGACAUUGUUUUCCCUCAGAUCAUCCGCCUGACCGGCCAGAUGAAGAAAAUCACCUCAAACAACGCCCACAUUACCGUCUGUGGCCUACUCACUUCUGCUACUUUCUCUACCAAGCUCAUUAACCAUGUGACAUCUGCUACUGUCGAAAAGAAUGCCCAGCCCCGUACUUUUGCUGCCGUGUGGCUUAGAAUCCUCAUCUUGAGCCACUCUCAAACACACAAAAGUGCCAUGCAAAACCACGGUGGCCUUGAUCAGAUCGAAAAGGCCAUUGCUAAGGGUCUGCAAGAUCCCACUCCAUCAGUCAAGGAAAACAUGAGAGUGACAUAUUGGAGUUUUGCCGAGUACUGGCCUUCUGAGGCGGACAAAAUCUACCGAAAGCUGGACACAAAGGCCAAGGCCAUGUUGGAUAAGGUGAAUCCAAGUGGUGCCAAAAAUGCGCCCAUCAAGAAGCCUGCACCAAGAGAAAGCCUCAAGGAAGUUAUGCGGCGAUCACGUGAAUCGAGCGUAAACCGUGAUGCAAAUGCUCCCUCUGCUACUGCCCCUCCCCAAAGAGCCAAGAUGGGUGCGCCUCAACGAACCUCGUCAGGUUUAGUGGGUAGAUCACUCAGUGGAAGUAACUUGACUGAUCGUAGUAAUCGACUAAGCUCCACAUCCACGUCAUCACGCGAUCAGCAGAGAGCUGUAAGCGAUUCCACGCGACCCACACAGAUGACUCGGCCUGUUAGUGGGCGGUUGUCUAGAGAACCAAGCCUAACAAGAUCAUCGCGUGAUCAGAGUCUCACCAGAUCAUCCCGAGAGACUGUGUCACGUGAACCAAGCCUUACGCGUGGCUCCAGAGAGCUGCCCAAACAGCGAGUUGACCAAAACCGGCAGCGAGUCCCUUCCAUUUCACGGGACUCUCGGUAUGGACAGCGGCCGGUAGGAUCGCGUGAAUCCAGCCGACAGUCGCGGGAGUCGUCGCUUGAUCCUUCGCGGGAAUCUUCCCUUGCUCCGUCAGUCCACUCCUCUACAGCCAUUUCACGCGAGUCGUCCCUUCCUCGAGAUGAUCUGCCUAGCUACGACGUUGAAAUGGAUGAGGACGAUCCGUUUGUGACCCAGCAGUUGAAGCUGUCUCUAAAGCAGGAGGAUGCUAUGAGCCAACCGGAAGAAACCAUGAACGAAGUGACCACAGCUGAGGCAACCGCAACAACCGCUCCCAUGAAAAUUCCAAAAUCCACACCCCCCCGCGAGUCUACACCCCCUAAUUCGUCUCCGUUUGUGCUGGCAAAGUCUCCUGCUACCCAGGGAGUCUCGACUAGUCCAGCUACGGGCAAAAGCGCCAGUCCACCUGCCACAGCCGAAGAUGAGCUGUCUCGUGACUUAAACGGCGAAUCAAAACAUCUAAAGGAGGUGGAUGACGAUAACGGUAGUAUGGAUGCUGAUGAGCGAAUCGAGUCUGACGUGGUAAUGGGAGAUGCAGAAGAGUCUGCUGCUAACUUUGAGCCGUCUGAAGUAGAACCAGCAGGAGUUCAACUCGGACUGAAAUCCCCUAAACGUGAAACUCCCACUUCUGCUCUUCAGGGAAACGAACAAGCUGAGCCAGAGUCUCAUGAUGCGGUUGCAGACUCUCAAUCUCAUGGUGCUGACUCAGCAGACCUCCAGUCAGAGCCCCGAAAUGUCCCCGUGUCACCGCCCACAACUUCAGACGCCUCUAAUGUGCCCAUCUUGUCUCCACGGCCAAUCCAUCCUGCCAAAUUCGAGCUGGACUCGGAUGCUAUGAUAGUUGACGAAGUUGCGCCCGAAGUCAACACAGUGAUUGAUGCUCAGACCCAGGCUGAAGAGACUCCGACUGAAGAGAUCCCUGCUGUGGUCAAGGUUGGUUUUGACGCUGAAGCGAAAUCCGAACCCACUGAACAGACUGAAGCUGUGAAGACUUCAGACACUGCCACUGAGCCCGGUGAGCCAGUUGACAUCCCCAAUUCUGAACAGGGUCCCUCGACCGAACCUACCGAACUCGCCAAGUCUGCUGGCUCAGUGGAACAUGUGACCGAAGCCAUCCAGGAGGAUCCUUUCGGGGAUGCGCUUCCAGCAAAACAGGAAAAUGGAGCCAAGGCAAGUGAUGAGAUUGAAACAGACCAUACCAAAUCGAACAACACUGAAUCCGACGGACCAGUAUCUGCCCACGACGAAUCAGAGCCCAUGGAAAUAUGCGAUUCCGACAAUGACGCAGUAGACAACGGAACCAACCCUGAUACAAAGUGCCAAGACCAACAAGACUCUACUACUCCACCCAUGGAUUUCUCUUCUCACGAUCUCAAAGACGAGCUCAACACGUCCUCCCCCGAGUCUCUCACUGCUCUUCUUUCAAACCCAGACCAGUACAAGGAAAUUCUAGACCACGUUCCUGCCGAGCUGUUCCUUCUCUGCGUGAUUCUCUUCUCAGAGUCUCAUGUGAUGGACGCCCAGAGUGUUAUUUCCCGAGAUACUAACCUGGCUCUGUCUACAGCGAGUUCAAUGGUCAUGGUUUGUGCUCGAGACGUCUAUCCCUCUGACUCACGGUGGUCACAAGCGACAGUUGAGGAGCUCAAACAUGUGACUGUUACCUGUCUGGAGUGGCUGACUAAACUCGUUAACGAGUCGUCCGAGGCCUCCACUCUUUUGGCCACCAACAAGCGCUACCGAACCUCACUUGUCCACCUUCUCUCAACCUCGGUGGAGCUUCACAAGCAGAAAUUCGGCGAUGUGACGCACAACUCUCUGAUUCACGUGAUCGAGUCGAUGGACAAGCUGAGUCAACGACCUCCGGACAAGCGCACGUCUCGUGCGUUUCUCGAGGCUCCCAGUCCAAGCCCAGACUCAUCUUUGGUCGAAGAUGUCACCGACAAACUGAGCCAUGUGACUGUCAAGGAGAAUUUCAAGACAAUCCGCAUUUUGCCUCCACAGCUCGCAUCAGGUCAGUUGAUAUUUCCUGGCUCUGAGGUCACCUGGUCAAAACUGGAGCUAGAAAGACUGGCUAGAAGCCCCUCUUGUUCUGACUCCAACGAAGCCAUUUUGGAUGCCGUGUCAAGAGACAAAGUGUCUGUCACUCAGCUGUCGACACUGGCAUCUCGUAUUCCUGAACUCGAAGACGUGGAUCUUGUCACAGCCACAAUUCUCGCCUAUUUGCACAUUAGCCAUCCUCCCGCGCUCACAACAGCCGCUCUGGUAGCUAUCAAACAGGUACUCAUCAAGCCGGAGCUCAAACUAAGCAUGGGACACGUGACCGAAAUAUUCUCGACACUCAACCACGUCAACAGCCACAUUGACUCGCGGUCACCUCUCGCUGCUGCCAUCGAAGAACUUGUGGCCGACCUUUUAACACACACAGACUCAUCUGAAAUGCUCGAGUUUCUGCUUCUGAGCAGAUCACGUGACAGCAAGACACAGAACAAGCUGCUGCUGCUCAACACGGUAUAUCACGUGAUCACCCCGGAUCUUCUUCCAUCCUAUGAAACUCAACUUCUGGCUCUUAUCACCGAGCUUAUCUCCGACCCCGAUCCUCUGGUGCGAAGAGUCACUGUAGGAUUGGUAGUUCGAGUCUUGCGCGUGUCUCCCGAAAUGGAGGGCACCAUUUCGCUGGCCAUCAAAUCAAAAAUGGAUCUAGUGAGAUACUACAUGGGCGCAUAG